GAAGCUCAAAGAGAGCCUAACAAAGCAUAUAUUUAUAUAUACUACUGUUUCAUAGAUAAAUUAAUUGCCAUGAAUUAUCCUAAAUUUUCAGUCCAAUGGCUUCAAUUCAUAGUUAUGGUUAUGGUUCUCUCAAUUUCAGAGAAUAGUUGCAGUGCUGGCCGGUUUGACAUUCCGAGACUGAGUCCAACGAGAGGAACAUUAAUCUUGGAACAGCCUGAUAUUGUGUCGUCUGCAUCAGUUUCAGAGGAUCUUCGAACUUUUUAUUACCCCCAAACACUUGAUCACUUCAACUACAAGCCUGAAAGCUAUUCCACUUUUCAACAAAGAUAUGUGAUGAACUUCAAGUAUUGGGGCGGAGCCAAUGCUAGUGCACCAAUUCUAGCCUAUCUUGGAGCUGAAGCACCUUUGGACGGUGAUCUUGCUGUUAUUGGUUUCCUCAAUGACAAUGCCAUCCGCUUCAAUGCUCUCCUCGUAUACAUUGAGCAUCGAUACUAUGGAAAAUCAAUACCAUUCGGAUCAAGGGAAGAAGCCUUCAAAAAUGCAAGCACUCUUGGCUAUUUCAACUCUGUCCAAGCCAUAGCAGACUACGCAGAAAUCAUCAUGCAUAUCAAGAAGAAACUUCAUGCUUUCUAUUCUCCGGUCAUCGUAAUCGGAGGAUCAUAUGGGGGAAUGCUGGCUUCAUGGUUUCGGCUCAAGUACCCUCAUGUAGCUUUGGGAGCUGUGGCCUCAUCAGCUCCAGUUCUCUACUUUGAUAAAAUUACACCAAGCGGUGCUUACUUUUCAGUCGUCACUAAGGAUUUUAGGGAAGUGAGCGAGACCUGCUACCAAACCAUACGAAAAUCAUGGUCUGAAAUCGACAAAAUUGCUUCCCAACCCCAUGGUCUUUCAAUCCUCAGCACGAAAUUCAAAACUUGCAAUCCAUUAACCGAUUCGUCAGAGCUUAAAAACGCGUUGACGAAAAUGUAUGCUUCAGCAGCUCAAUAUAAUCAACCCCCGAGGUAUCCAGUAACCGUGGUAUGCGGAGGCAUUGAUGGAAGUGAAAAACUAGAUAUUCUGAGCAAGAUUUUUGCUGGCAUUGUUGCUUUCAGAGGGAAUCGUUCUUGCUAUAUCAAUCAACCAACCAACCAAUCCGAAACAACCGUAGGGUGGAGAUGGCAGACAUGCAGUGAAAUGGUGAUACCUAUUGGCAUCGGCAACAACACCAUGUUCCAACCUGAUCCCUUCGACCUAAACAGUUUUAUACAACAGUGCAUGAGUUAUUACGGAGUUCCUCCGCGGCCUCAUUGGGUCACUUCCUAUUACGGUGGCCAUGACAUAAAAUUGAUUCUCCAGAGGUUUGGUAGCAACAUCAUCUUUUCAAAUGGGCUGCGAGAUCCUUAUAGUCGGGGCGGGGUUUUGGAAAACAUUUCAGAAAGCAUUCUUGCCGUAUAUACAGUCAAUGGAUCUCAUUGCUUAGAUAUACUUCCAGAAAAGAAAACCGAUCCGGAAUGGUUGAUUAGGCAACGAAGUAUAGUGGUGAAGAUUAUCAAACGAUGGAUGGCUAAGUACUAUGCUGAUCUUAGAUUAGCAUUAAUCAAACAAUAGGAAUUCCAAGAUCAUGAAAAUAUAGAUAAAUAAUAGUACAACAAUCUCAUUUUGUUCCUUAUAACCUUAUCCAUUGUUGAACAUGUACCUUUGCUCCAUCUGAUUGAAUUUGAGCUUGCUUUUUCUUUUUUUUUUUCUUUUGGGAGGUGUACUUGAUUAAAUUGAAGUUCAAGCAUGAAUAUGAAAAGCUUUUCUUGAGGUUAACAAGAUUGGAAUAGCAUUUGAUGAGUUCCUCAAAUUUUCUCGUAAGUUUCUUAAUAUACAAGCUGUGUUCCAGGCUUUGAGAUCCACCUUUCAAAACAAAUUAUUAGAUUCAAGGUUCAAUUCCUUAUUCCUUAAUUGUUAAUUUGUACAAAUUGGUCCCUCUAAAAAGAGAAAUAUUCAAUUUGAGCCCAACAUAGAUUGUGUGACCCAAAUGACCCAAUUUCAUGUUCCGAUUUUGGGCAUUAUACAA